AUGGAGGAGAGAGCUGCUCAGCGGGAACAGGAGAGACCCAGUGUUCGUCUGGAAAAGCUACAGCACUGGGCAAGGCACAGGCAGAGUGGGCACCUCUUGGUGCUGGCGGUGAGCCAGCUAUGGCUGGCUGUGGCUGUGAUGCCCUUUGCUGUCUCUGUUGCCUGCCUGAAUUCUGCUUGUCACAUGGCCACGGCGCUGCCACUUGUGCCUGGGGCUUUGGGUCUCCUCACUGGGAUGGUUACCCUUGAGCUGCGCAGAUCACCCCGCCUCUGGAAGGUGCAGGCCAUGAUGAUACUCAACAUCUUCAAUCUGAUCUUGGGCUUCAUCGUGGUGGUGGUCGAGGUGAUGAAGACAGCCUUGGGGCCAGCCCCAACUGCCCCCUCCCAGCUGGCUGGCUUGCUGGUGGUGGAGCUCAGUGCUGAGACCUUCACCUUAGGGGGAGUGCUCCUCUCAGCACACUCCCUAUUCCUGCUGAGCCAGAGGAAGCCAGGAUGCUGCCGGACCCAGAGUCUGCACUACCAGGAGUUGCAGGAGGGUCUCUCUGAGUUGGAGGAAGUUGCUGAUUUGGAGAAUGGCCCCACGGUGGCUAGCACAGCAAAUGGAACAAAUGACUUCGGGGACGAGCUGGGGCUGGGAGCUGGCCCUCGGCAAAGCUGCGUGCCCCAAAUGCUGGCGCCGCGCCCCCUCCCAUAG